AUCGGCAUACAUUCUUUUUUUUUGUUGUUUACAAGAAGUGUCUUAAGCAUGUCUGGAAGAGGCAAAGGUGGUAAAGGACUCGGGAAAGGAGGCGCUAAGCGUCAUCGUAAGGUUCUGCGGGAUAACAUCCAGGGCAUCACCAAACCCGCCAUCCGUCGUCUCGCUCGCCGCGGCGGAGUCAAGCGUAUCUCCGGUCUGAUCUACGAGGAGACCCGCGGUGUGCUGAAGGUGUUCCUGGAGAACGUGAUCCGCGAUGCUGUGACCUACACCGAGCACGCCAAGAGAAAGACCGUCACCGCCAUGGACGUCGUGUACGCGCUGAAACGACAGGGACGCACUCUGUACGGCUUCGGAGGAUAAACACGUUACUGUUCUCAACAAAACCCCAAAGGCUCUUUUAAGAGCCACCCACACUGUCACAUAAAGAGUUAUUGCUGAAGUACUGUUGUUGUUUUAAAGACUGAAGUUGAAAGCAUUUUCUUUACUACAACAAAAUUAAUGCAUUAUUUAUUGUACACGGAAUUAUUAAAAACGAAGCUCGUAUGUGUUUA